GUGGCAGUGACUCUGCCGACAUGGAGCUGCUACAGAUGCCGGAGUUGAUGGGGCUGUCGCUGUUGCUCGGGCUGCUGGCCCUGAUGGCGACGGCGGCGGUAGCGCGGGGGUGGCUGCGCGCGGAGCAGGAGACGUGCGGCCGGUCGGCAGGCCAAAGAGCAAAUGGAUUUCCACCUGACAAGUCCUUGAGAUCCAAGAAGCAGAAACAACAUCAGCGGAUUCACAAGGAAAAGCCUCAGCAACACAACUUCACCCACCGCCUCCUGGCUGCAACAUUGAAGAGCCACAGUGGGAACAUAUCUUGCAUGGACUUUAGCAGCAAUGGCAAGUACCUGGCCACCUGUGCAGAUGACCGUACUGUCCGCAUCUGGAGCACCAAGGACUUCCCGCAGCGGGAGCACCGCAGCAUGAGAGCAAAUGUGGAGCUGGACCAUGCCAUCCUGGUGCGCUUCAGCCCUGACUGCAGAGCAUUCAUUGUCUGGCUGGCUAACGGAGAUACCCUCCGUGUCUUCAAGAUGACCAAGCGAGAGGAUGGGGGCUAUACUUUCACAGCCACCCCAGAGGACUUUCCUAAAAAGCACAAGGCAGCCAUCGUCAACAUUGGCAUUGCUGACACAGGGAAGUUCAUCAUGACUGCUUCCAGUGACACAACUAUCAUCAUCUGGAAUCUGAAAGGUCAGGUACUGUCUACUAUCAACACCAACCAGAUGCACAAUACAUUUGCUGCUAUAUCCCCUUGUAGCAGGUUUGUGGCCUCGUGUGGCUUCACCCCAGAUGUAAAAGUUUGGGAAGUCUGCUUUGGGAAAAAAGGGGACUUCCAGGAGGUUGUGCGAGCCUUUGAACUGAAGGGCCACUCUGCAGCCGUCCACUUCUUUGCUUUCUCCAAUGACUCCCGGAGGAUGGCCUCUGUCUCCAAGGAUGGUACGUGGAAACUGUGGGACACAGAUGUGGAAUACAAGAAGCAGCAGGACCCCUACUUGCUGAGGACAGGCCGUUUUGAAGAAGCAAGCACCAUGCCAUGCCGCCUGGCACUCUCGCCUGACGCCCAGGUUUUGGCUUUGGCCAGUGGCAGCAGCAUUCAUCUCUAUAACAGCCGGCGGGGUGAGAAGGAGGAGUGCUUCGAACAUGUCCAUGGGGAGUGUAUCAGUGACUUGUCCUUUGACGUCACUGGCCGGCUUCUGGCCUCCUGUGGGGACCGCGCAGUGCGGCUCUUCCACAACACCCCUGGCUACCGGGCAGUGAUGGAAGAAAUGCAGGGUCUCCUCAAGCGGGCCUCCAAUGAGAGCACCCGCCAGAGGCUACAGCAGCAGCUGACGCAGGCCCAGGAGGCCCUGAAGAGCCUGGGUGCCUUGAGGAAAUGA